GGGACUGCACAGAAAGGAUUGCUCUGCUCCUUCAGAGCCUCAAAAGCUUUUCUUGGAAAAAUAUCAGAUGCUCUACUGGGAACUCUGUUGAGAGAUGCUCCUAAAGCAGUGAGCUGGCAGUGGCUGGAAAGCACUGACUGGAGGGAAAAGGGUAAGGGAGAAAACAGUGAUUUCCUUCCCAUUUGAAUUCCGUCCAAACCCUCCAGUGCAAGGAAGGUGCUGUGCAAGAGCUCUUCUAGGCAUCCUUUUAUGUCAAGCAUCACGGAGAGAAGAUGGCUCCGUCGUGCUUGCAGCCCCUGCUGAGGUACCGCUCCUUCGCCAUCCUCUUCCUCACGCCGCUGCUGCUGCUGCCGCUGCCAGUCGCGGUAGCGACGAAGGAGGCUAAAUGUGCAUACAUCAUUAUCAUCAUGGCUGUGUUCUGGUGCACUGAAGUGAUCCCGCUGGCUGUUACCUCCCUCAUGCCUGUGGUGUUUUUCCCUCUGCUCGGAGUUCAGAGCUCUAAAACAGUGUGCUUGCAGUACCUGAAUGACACAAACAUGCUCUUUGUGGGAGGGCUGAUUGUUGCAAUCUCUGUUGAACACUGGAAUCUUCACAAAAGGAUUGCACUGAGGGUCCUGCUGAUCCUUGGGGUCAAACCUGCACUCCUCAUGCUGGGAUUUAUGAUAGUCACUGCCUUCCUGUCCAUGUGGAUAAGUAACACAGCCACCACUGCUAUGAUGGUUCCCAUUGUCCAGGCUGUCCUGGAUCAAAUGGACAACACAGAGCAUGAUGUGACCAUGAUGGAACAAGGAACUGGGCAGACAAUUACAGUGAUUGAGCUGGAAGAAAAGAGUGCAGCAGAUCUCACCACAGUGAAUGCUGUAAGCAAUGGGCAAGUCCCUGAUGACCCCAGAUCUUCUGAGGAGAAGAGGACGAGGAAGAGCAUCUGUAAGGGGAUGACACUUUGUGUCUGCUACGCUGCCAGCAUCGGGGGAACUGCGACACUCACCGGCACGGGACCUAACAUGGUGUUGAAAGGGCAGAUGAAUCAGUUGUACCCCAAUAACAAUGAUGUUUUGAAUUUUGCUUCCUGGUUCGGGUUUGCCUUCCCAAACAUGGUUCUGAUGUUGGUGCUGGCUUGGCUUUGGUUACAGUGCUCCUUCAUGGGACUCAACUUUAAAAAAAGCUGGGGCUGUGGGGCAGAGAGAACUGCCAAAGAAAAAGCUGCCUACAACGUCCUGAAGGCAGAAAUGAAGAAAUUAGGUCCCAUCACUUAUGCUGAAUUCAAUGUCCUCCUCAUGUUUCUUCUGCUGGUUCUCUUGUGGUUCUCCAGACAUCCAGGCUUUGUGAAAGGCUGGGCUGCCAGGCUCUUCCCAGAAGGAGAAAAGUACAUCACUGAUUCUGCUCCUGCUGUCUUUAUUGCCCUGCUGCUGUUUAUCCUUCCUGCUGAUAGACCCAAAUUCAUAGGCUGGAAUCCAAGCGUGUCUCACCCUGAACAGACAGAAGAAGAUAUAAAAAAGCCAUUUUUAUCAGCCCCGCUGCUAGACUGGAAUGUGGUUCAGAGGAAGAUGCCCUGGAGCAUUGUGCUGCUGCUGGGAGGAGGUUUUGCUUUGGCUGAUGCAAGCGCAAACUCUGGGCUCUCAGCUUGGCUGGGCCAUCAGAUGACUCCUCUAGGAUCUAUCCCCCCGUGGGCCAUCGCCACAGUGCUCUCUCUGAUCAUAGCUGUCUUCACUGAGUGCACCAGCAACGUCGCCACAACCACCCUCUUCCUACCUGUCUUCUCAUCCAUGGCUACAUCUGUCAAGAUCCAUCCUCUCUACGUGAUGGUGCCUGCUACCCUCAGUGCCUCCUUUGCCUUCAUGCUGCCUGUUGCCACACCGCCAAACGCCAUCGUCUUCUCCUAUGGCCACAUUCGUGUUCUGGAUAUGGUUAGAUCUGGAAUAGUGAUGAACAUCAUUGGAGUCUUCUGUGUCACGCUGGCCAUCAACACAUGGGGAAGACCUAUAUUUGAGCUGGACACUUUCCCAGACUGGGCAAACAGCACAACUAAUCAGUGAGCAGUGAAGAUUUCAUGUGCUAAAGAAGGAAAGGACUCUUACUACUACUCCUAAUCACCCAAAGCCCUCUGUAAAGUCUCACCACCUCUUCAGAUCUGGUGUCAGGUGGUUGCUAUCUUCUGGGAGUCACACCACAGUUCAGGCAAGAACCAAUUCAAACUUAUCCUGGUCGUGCUGGAGCCAGAAGUGCUGUUUAAUCACACAACCCUAAGGAUCAUGUGUCUGGAUCAUGAGUGUGAUCAAGUGAUUUGGUGUCCCUGCAAUCAAGGUCGAGAUUGAUAGUUUAACGAACGUUCAAUAAAGAGGGGCAGGCUGUGGUUGCAACUACCCUGUCACUGGGAUCUGCUGGGAAUCAGCACCAUUGGACACUGCAUUUGGGCAGGAGCUGAGAUUCAUUAACUUGACUCUGUCAUCUGGACAGAGGAAUCUCUGCUUCGCUUGUCUAGUGGGAGAAGGGGCUCGUGUGCUGUGUUGUGCUUUGUGCUGUGUUGUGUUGAGCUGCUUUGUUGCGUUGUGCUGUGUUCUUUGUUGUGUUUUGUGCUGUGUUCUUUGUUGUGUUUUGUGCUGUGUUGUGCUUGUUGUGUUUUGUUUGUGCUGUGUUGUGCUGCUUUGUUUGAUGUGUUGCUUUGCUGUGUUAUACUGCUUUGUUGUGUGGUUCUUUGGUGUGUUUUGGUGUGUUUUGUUGUGCUGUGUUGUGCUGCUUUGUUUGAUGUGUUGCUUUGCUGUGUUAUACUGCUUUGUUGUGUGGUUCUUUGGUGUGUUUUGGUGUGUUUUGGUGUGCUGUGUUGUGCUGCUUUGUUUGAUGUGUUGCUUUGCUGUGUUAUACUGCUUUGUUGUGUGGUUCUUUGGUGUGUUUUGGUGUGUUUUGUUGUGCUGUGUUGUGCUGCUUUGUUUGAUGUGUUGCUUUGCUGUGUUAUACUGCUUUGUUGUGUGGUUCUUUGGUGUGUUUUGUUGUGCUGUGUUGUGCUGCUUUGUUUGAUGUGUUGCUUUGUUGUGUAGUGUUGCUUUGCUCUGUUGUUCUUUGUCAUGUUUUGGUGUGUUUUGUGCUCUGUGUGUUUUGUUGCACUGCGUUGUGCUGCUGUUGUGUUGCUUUGUUGUGUUUUUUGCUUUGUUUUGCUGUACUUUGUUGUGUUUUGUGCUCUGUGUGUUUUGUUGUACUGUGUUGUGCUGCUUUGUUGUGUUACGUUGCUUUAUUGUGUUGGUUUGUGUUGUGCUGUGUCUUCUGUUGUGUUUUGUGCUGAUGUGUUGUGCUGUGCAGUCCUUUGUUAUGUUUUGGUGUGCUGUGUUGUGCGUGGUUGUGUUUAGUUGUGCUGUGGAGCUGUGUUGUUGCACUGUGUUUUGUUGUGCUGUGCUAUGUUGUGUUAUGUUGCUGUGUUGCAUUAUGUUUUAGUCAGGCCUUGGAAUCCUUCCAAGUCAACAUCCAACACCUCUCCCAUUGCCUUGUUUUCAUUCCCCAGUCUCACUGCAUUCAGAGAGCCUUACUGAGGGCUGAGAUAACAUAAUUCCAUGGUUCAGCUGAAGUCUCAGGCAGUGCUGAGUAAAGGCUGGCUUUGUCUUCCCAGCCACUGGAUGUGGUUUCUACCUGCCAAACAGUGUUUUGCUGAUGCCAGCCUGGAAAUGGCUGCAGACCUGUAGGACUUCACAUCCAUUGUGAAGGUUCCCCAGAUGUGCCUUACUGAACAACUCUGAAAUUCUGGAAUGGAGACAAAGCAUGAGAAAGGCUCUAACUGGAGGCCUUCUGAAAAUAUGGGGCCCCAAAUUUUAGGUCUUGUGCUGGCUGCCAGAGUGGGAGCUGUCUUGGGUACUUUGGAAUUCAGAUCCAGUGAGGAGAGUGUUCUGCAGAACCUGUUUUUGUGUCAUUUCCAAAGCAGAAGUAGCCUAUAGAAAGACUGGGGCUGGGCUAGGUGUGUUUGUCAGUGAUGUGUGGAUGCUUUUCCUUCAACCCUGGAGAAGAAGUUGGAUGGGAGGUGGAGAGAUCUGCGGCAGUGAGCCAAGUCCUGCUCCCAGCCCUGCUGUGCAGCCUCACACAAGGCAGAUCACCACUUUUUGCCUCAGUUUCCCCUGAGGAAGAUGCCAUGGUGCCUGUCUGCCUCAUAAGGGUACUAUGAGGAUGUAAGGGUCAAAUUCUGCACCCAAAGUGGUUCCCCACCUGAUGACAAGGGUGCAGCACGUGGAGUGGUCUGGUUCUUAACAUCAAUGUGCUUUGUAGAGCUGGUAAGGUUCUCCCUUUUUGUCUUCAGGAAUGAGGGAAAUAUUUAUCCACAAAAUGAGCAUGUGCUUUUCUGAGCAGGAAACUACUUCAAGAAUGUUUUGGUUUUCAUGCCUUUGUCACCUGUGCUCUUUCAAGGUGCUGGGCACCGUAAGCUCUACCGACUUGUUCCCAGGUGCCUUCAGUGGCACUUUGUCUACCCAGCUGGCUGCAUUGUGGUGUAGCCUCAUACCUCUUCCAUGGAAUGGUGGAGCAUGUGGGUAAACACUGUCCCACUUGCAGAUAUCGACAGGAAAGGGCAGUUCUAGUGCCAAGAGGUGGUUUGGUCACAGAAAUUUCUCACCACUCAAAGCUUAUUGCAAUGUUUGUUUGAAGACGUAAAACCAGGAACAGUUAAGCACCUUCUGUGCUUUGACAGUCACCACUUCAUGUUGAUUUGCAUCUGUAGGGGUCUAAAUGCACUUGGGAAAGGGACUCAUUCUGCCUUCUGAUGGACUUCAGAGUAUGAGGACAUAUCACCACUGCCAGGUACUUCUUGGUGCUUGCCCUUCACUGCUGCAGCACAGAGUGGAGCUUGUGUGGGUGGGUAGCACUCAGCUCAUCUCAGUCCAUGCAGAUCAAAAUUCUCUCAAACCUGUUUCACCUCAGAGCUGAGCAGACACUUCCUGUCCCAUCUGCAGGAAGGAAUGUUCCAUAACUUCCUUGAAGGGGAGAAAGUUCUCUCAUCUCAACUAGGGAUGAGCUUCCCUCUGUUGCUGUGCAAGGAUAAAACAAAAUCUGGUUCCAUCAGUGGUCACACAGUGAUCAUUGACAGGGCAGGGGGAAGAUGCAGGUGGACUGAAGGAUUUGUUUGAUGUGCCCACUCUCCCGUCAGGAGCAAAUGUUUCUUUCUGAGUCACUUUUAUGAUUGAUUUGUACUUAAUUUAAAUGGGUGAGUUGCAGAAUUGGAGCCUGGCAAAUAAAAGAAUUUACCAGAA